AUGCAAAGAUUAUCGCAAGUUUCUCUGCACAUCUCACCAACUCCUCGUGACGGUGCUACUGCGACGAAGUCGAGCUCUACCCCGCCCAACGCCGAUCGCGGUGACCCCUCAGCUGCACGAAUCAACACCAACAUGGCGAAGACCAAAGUCGUUGUAACGCGACAAUUGAUUGACGAGGCUCAAGGACUCUUGGAUGCGAAGAAGGAAGAAUUGGAAGUUGUGCAAUGGCAAUCCGAAAAGGUAGGUCUCUAUCACUGGCGAGAAGACGGUUUGCUGACGAUGUGCAUGCAGCCAUGUCCGCGCCCAUGGCUUCUUGAAAAUGCCAAAGGUGCAACCGGAAUCCUAGUCAUGCUCACAGAUAAAAUCGAUGAAGAACUCCUAGAAGUAGCCGGAUCGCAACUAAAAGCCAUCGCUUCAUUCUCCGUCGGAACCGACCACGUUGACCGAAAUGCGCUGAAGAAACGCAACGUACGUCUCGGUUACACGCCAACAUGUCUCACCGACGCCGUAGCAGACCUUACGAUCAUGCUUAUUCUCAUGGCCCAAAGAAGAGGUGGAGAGUCGAUGACGAAAGUCGCAAAGGGCGAGUGGCCUCAGAUGCCAUGGCAUCCACUGCUCAUGACUGGCCCGCAGAUCCGAGGAUCAACUAUCGGCUUCUUGGGAUUCGGGAGGAUUGCGCAGGCUUCCUUGCUGAGAUUGCUGCCAUUCGGCAUCAAGAAGGUCAUUUAUCUCACGUCCAAGCCUGGCAAGCCCGUCAAAGAGGACCACUUCGGUCUGAUCAAGAACGCUACCAUCCCCAUCGAGCCGGCGAACAGCACAGACCAGCUCGCACAAGAAAGCGACGUAGUCGUUGUCGGAUGCGCCCUCACGCCAGAAACCAAGCAUCUCGUAAGCACAGACUUCUUCUCCAAGAUGAAGAAGCUCGCUGUUAUCGUCAACAUCGCGCGAGGCCCCAUCAUCGACACCGAUGCACUGGUAACGGCGCUGGAUCAAGAGCAGAUAUUUGGUGCUGGGCUGGACGUGAUUGAGAAUGAGCCCAACAUCACAGCUGAUCACCCGAUUCUGAAACAGCCGAGAGCUGUGCUUGUUCCGCAUAUUGGCAGCGCUACGAUUGAGACACGGGUACAGAUGGCUACGGAGAGUGUCAAGAAUUUGCUCGCAGGGUUGUCAGGGGAGGAAAUGGUGAACGAACUGCAGUUGUAG